AUGAAUGAACAUGGUAACAAAUCAACUACUAAUGCUUGGAGAGGAAGAGCAAGCCGCCGUGUUCUCAUGCAGCUCUCUAUUAUGGAUUUUGAUGUUGAGGAUGAUCAGAAUAUGGAAUUGAAACGACAUACCCAUGAUAGAUCUAGUGAUCUACAACCCAUACGACAUCUCCGAAAUGGAUUACGGCGAGCUCCGGCGGUAGGAUUUGAAGAUUCUGUGGAAGAGGGAGUCGAAAAAGAGUGGCGGUGGUGGUGGUGGUGA